CCACCCCCAGUUUCCUGAGACUGACGUGAGGGAAAGUGCAACUGACUUCGGAUGAGUUAAGUCAGGUCGAGGGGAGGAAGCAACAGGUGGCUGUGCAUGGGGGGCAAGAAAAACGGAAAAGGCAUCAUUUUCUUAGUGCUUCAAAACUAGUUCAUUUGGCGGCUCUCUUCUAUUGGAAGUUAAUUUACUUAAAAUUGAAAUUGAAAAUCGAGAGAGAGAAAAAAUAGCCUCAGUGCGAUUGCUGGAGUAAAGAUUGUGUAAUUAUCGGUGGUUAAAAGUGGUAAAGGUUUCUCGAGUGGUUUGAGUUUACGAAGGUAUGGAGGAUGGGGUUGGUGGAGCUUCUCUGUAUCACAGUGACCGUGUUUCCAGGCACAUUGAGAACUCUUUCCUUUGACAUGGGAUGAUUUGGCAAAAGCUUUUUUUAUGUAAAAGAAAUUAUUUCUAUUGUUUUAAAUAUAAAAUGCGCUUCUUGUUGAAGAAGGUCUCGCUGACCAUUUCUGGGGCUGUGGCCACCUACCUGAUAGUCUCCCUGUUGGAUCAUUACUGGCGAGAGGAUCGGAGUGGACAUAAGCUGACACCUGACCGAUUGUCAGCCUACUCAGACGGGCAGAGUCCCAAGUCAGUGUCACCUGUAGAGGAUCAUGUUUGGCUGCCAGCGUUGAGGUCCAACGCAGUGAACCCAAACAGUUUGGGGAGUUCACAACUGGCAGCUGGCACUGCUCAGGACGUUACCAAACACCUGCCUCAGAGACCACAAUCCGUGCUCAGCACUCUGGAGCUCAGGGAUAUUUUCAUUGCCGUCAAAACCACCCAUAUGUUCCACAAAUCCAGACUGGAGCUACUUCUCCAAACCUGGAUCUCAAGAGCCUCCGGGCAGACGUACAUCUUCAGUGAUCGUGAGGACAAGGAGCUGAGCAUCAGAACAGGCCACCACAUAAUCAACACCAACUGUUCCUCGGCACACAGCCGGCAAGCUCUCUCCUGCAAAAUGGCUGUGGAAUACGACGUCUUUGUGGAUUCAGGGCUAAAGUGGUUCUGCCACAUGGAUGAUGAUAACUAUGUGAAUGUCCGAGCCCUGGUGAAGCUGCUGUCGCGGUUCCCUCCCGGCCAGGACGUCUAUGUGGGGAAGCCCAGUCUGGACCGGCCCAUCCAGGCCACAGUCAAGAUACCGGACAACCAAACUAGAUCCGUUUUCUUCUGGUUUGCGACUGGUGGAGCCGGGUUCUGCAUCAGCCGGGCACUCGCUCUGAAAAUGAGACCUUGGGCAAAGGAUGGGCGUUUGGUGAGCACGGCUGAGACAAUCCGACUGCCCGAUGACUGCACUGUGGGUUAUAUCAUCGAGGUGCUGGUGGGCAGGACCCUGACACAGAGCCCUCUCUUCCACUCUCAUCUGGAGACGCUCCAGGUCAUACCCACCCGUGAGCUUCACAAUCAGCAGGUGACGCUGAGCUAUGGGACGCUUGAGAACAAGAGGAACGUGGUGGUACUGAAGGGAGCGUUCUCAGUCAGCGCGGACCCCUCCAGAUUCAAAUCCAUUCACUGCCUCCUUCACCCUGACACACCCUGGUGCCCCUAGAAGGUAUACUUUGACCUCCCGGGCACCCGCACCAUCAGCUACACUGCAGAAGGCACUUUACCUUGUCCUUUAUGUAUGUGUGUGGGGGGUUUGGAGGCUUUCAGUCAAGUGUCACGGUCGGUUGUUAACCAAAUGCCACGAAGCACAAAUCUCAGGGUGGGAGGAGAAUGCACACCAAGUGUCAUUCAGCCCAUCACGUGUGUUCCACAUCGAGAGGGGGAAAUCCUGAAUGGUCGGUGAGGGGGAGGAAAGGAACGCCAAAUGCAAAGCUUCUCUCUCUCUCUUGUACAUUUGACAUGGUGGCCCCCACUCUGCCUGCAUUAUCUCAGAGUUGCUGUUAGCUCACAGCCACAUCCAACCCGGCCACCAGAGGUCUCCGUUUACUGAGAUCUCAGGCUGCGGAGUAAGCGAGCAAAGGCUGACACAGACUGUAAAUAUCUUCACGCUUACUGGGGAGAAACCACACCUGAUGUACAGCACUGGGGGCUUUGCCAGGCCGGUGAGGUUAGGACUGGCUGAGGUUUGGUACAUAUUUUGGUGUAAUACCUGCCAGUUCAUGCUCAAUAAAUAAUCACUCUGGCCCA